CAUACCCUUUGGAUGCUACAGAUGUCUACUCGGAGAGGUAGUACUGAGGUCCAUGAAUUUGAAGGAAGAUUAUUGGGUUCUCAUGCACACUUUAAAGUGACAUCGGUCAUUGGUCAUGUCUUCAGUGUGGAUUUUCCUCCAAAAUAUCAGGACUGGGGAGCUACAGAUCCUAUGGAUCUUUUUAAAGUUCCUAUUCUUAAGGCAGAAACAAACCCAAAGGCUCAUAUUUGCAGGCAUUUAAGCCAAGAAGCUCGUGGAUGUGGGCAUCUGGUGUUAUGGUUGGACUGUGACCGUGAAGGAGAAAAUAUAUGCUUUGAAGUCAUUGAGUGUACGGGCUUUAAUAGAAAGGAGGCUGGGCAAAGAGUUUAUCGUGCUCGAUUCUCUUCUGUGACUGAGAAGGAUCUUUUAAAGGCCAUGGAUAACCUCGUAGAACCAAACAGAGAUGAAGCAUUGGCUGUAGAUGCACGCCAAGAGAUAGAUUUGAAAGUUGGAGUUGCAUUUACACGGUUUCAGACUACUUAUUUCCAAGGCAAAUAUGGGAACCUUGACUCCAGAGUCAUUUCCUAUGGGCCGUGCCAGACUCCAACUCUUGGAUUUUGUGUGCAACGGUACUUGCAAAUCACUACCUUUAAGCCAGAGAAAUUUUGGUCUUUGCACCCUUACAUUAUACACAACGGCUAUGAACUUCAAUUAGAAUGGGAUCGCAACAAGUUGUUUGAUAUUGAUGUUGCUGUGAUGUUUCAAAAGUUGGUAGCGGAUGAUGGCACCCUAGAAGUAACCAAUGUAUCAACUAAAGAAGAGUACAAAAGUCGUCCUCCUGGUCUUAAUACGGUGAAUUUGUUGAAGGUUGCUUCAAGUGCACUUGGCUUUGGACCUCAAACUGCUAUGCAACUAGCUGAACGCUUAUACACGCAAGGUUUCAUCAGUUAUCCACGUACUGAGAGCACUGCCUAUCCUUCCUCAUUCGAUUUUAAAGGCACUCUUAGAGAACAACAGAAAAAUCCAACAUGGGGUGAAUAUGUGGGGAUGCUACUGGCCGAUGGUUUCCACAAGCCUCGAUCAGGAACAGAUGCAGGUGAUCAUCCUCCCAUAACACCCAUGCGUUCAGCAACUGAGGAUAUGUUAGGUAAUGAUGCUUGGAGACUGUACCAGUAUAUCUGUCAACAUUUUAUUGGAACUGUGAGUCCUGAUUGCAAGUAUGAAAGGACAAAGGUGGAAUUUGCUGCUGGUGGAGAAUUAUUCCACUGCAUAGGGCAUCAGGCUACGGUCAAAGGCUUUACAUCUAUUAUGCCAUGGCUGGCCGUAAAUGAGAAGAAGCUUCCUCAGUUCACAAAAGGGGAAAAGAUAAAAAUUGCAAAACUUGAGCUAUAUGAGGGAAGUACCUCCCCUCCAGAAUACCUCAGUGAAAGUGAGCUGAUUUCACUUAUGGAAAAGAAUGGUAUUGGCACAGAUGCAUCCAUUUCUGUACAUAUUAACAAUAUAUGCGAGCGCAAUUUUGUGCAGGUGCAUGCUGGAAGGAGGUUGGUACCAACAGCCCUGGGAAUCACCUUGAUAAGAGGAUAUCAAUGUAUUGAUCCAGAUCUUUGUCUGCCAGACAUUCGCAGCUUCAUUGAGCACCAGAUUACCCUUAUAGCUAAGGGUCAAGCAGAUCAUUUUCAUGUUGUGCAGCAUGUAUUGCAGCAAUUUACACGGAAGUACUCUUAUUUUGUUAAGCAGAUUGAAAGCAUGGAUGCAUUAUUUGAAGCACAGUUCUCUCCAUUAGCAGAUUCAGGGCGUUUACUAAGCAAGUGUGGGAAAUGUCUCCGGUACAUGAAGUACAUCUCCACCCAACCAUCGCGCCUAUACUGUGGCACAUGUGAGGAGGUCUACUAUGUUCCUCAGAAUGGCAUCAUUAAGCUCUACAAGGAACUUGUAUGCCCUUUGGACAAUUUUGAGCUAUUAAUCUUCUCCAUGGCUGGCCCAGAAGGCAAGUCAUUCCCUCUCUGUCCGUACUGCUACAACAACCCUCCAUUUGAAGGUAUAGACACGCUUUUUGGUGCCCUCAAGCAAGGAAGCUCGGGAAAAUUGGGCAAGGGGGCUGGAAUGCCGUGCUUUCUCUGCCCACACCCAACUUGCCGGCAUUCUAUGAUAGCUCAAGGAGUAUGCGCCUGCCCCGAGUGCAAUGGCACACUUGUUCUUGAUCCAGUGAGUGCUCCCAAGUGGCGGCUUUAUUGCAACAUGUGCAACUGCCUUGUCUUCCUUCCCCAGGGAGCCCAUCGGAUUUCAACAACAAGCAAACGUUGUCCUGAGUGUGACUCUACAAUAAUAGAAGUGGACUUCAAUAAGAAAACAACACCUUUGAGUGACGGGGCUACUUUGCAUGCUGGUUGCAUUCUUUGUGAUGAGCUGCUGCAUUCUCUUGUGGAGAUGAAGCAUGGUAAAUCAUUCUUCAGACGCAUGGGAGGGAGAGGAAGGGGAAGGGGAAGGGGAAGAGGGAGAGGAGGCAGUAGGGGAAGAGGAAGGACCGGUGGAAAACGGGAGGACCCUAGGAUGAGCUUUCGAGAUUUCUGAAAUCCAUGGAUUAGGCUGGAACUUUUGAAGGUAGGCAUCUCCAAAAUUUCAUGCUACUCAAAAAUUGUUCAGUCUCCCUUUGCUGUGACACCAAAUCUUCUCUUCCAAUCCCAAAGAACAUGGUUUCCAUUGCUUAUUAGUCUUGCC